ACUGCUUCUUCUGGUAGCCCGCGGGGGCGGUAAGCUAUCCUUGAAAAUAGCAGAGGAAUUCCUUGCCUCUUCUAGUUUCUUGCAAUCUCUUAGUGCUUGAGAGAAUGGGUAAUCUCUUGGUGCCUGAGAGAACGGGUGGAUUGCUUCUGCAAAAUGCUUCUGCACUUGUUUC